AUGGCCGCGGGACCAUGGAAUGAGAACCAUGCGCUGCUGGCGCUUCGGCUUCGCCUCUCAGCGCUAGGCCUCAUCCUUCUCUCCUUUGUAGCCUACUCCUUCCCGCAGCUCAUUGGGGGGAAGAAGCGACACUGGCAUGCGCUGAUCCCGGGCGUUCUCGGCGUCCUGUUCUUGCCCUGCUCAUUCGGGGUUCAGAAGGAGAGCACAAGAAAGAUAGCGGCUCAUGUAGCUGUCCUCGUCGCGGUGAGAAACUUCUCCAUCAUGAUCAUCAUUGCCCAUGCUCUCCUCCCACUUAGCAAGCUUGUGACUUGUUCCUUCUAUUCGUCUUCUCAUUUUUUUUACGUCUUCUUGCUGCGACAGUUGGUUGGCGUGUUCGGGGGCAUCAAUGGUCUGUUCAAGCUCAUGCGUGUGGCCAUGGGGGAGGAGAUGGAUAAGCUCGAUGCGAUCUACCUGCAAGCGGGCAUGUCGCUCAUUUGUACACAGUUCUUGACAUUUGCAAUUAGAUGGUUCAUGGAGAACAGAAAGAAGAAAGUUCAGAAAUGA